GAAAAUAUUUCUGGUCAUUUGUCGUCAGUACGUGUCCGCCAUGAGCUGAGGGCUUAUUAUAUGUGUGUGGGCCGGGGGAAACAAUAAUUUUUCUGUUUGUGAAGACAGCAAAUAAUGUCCUCUGCAGCCACCAAGAUCAAGACGGAAUACAUCUUGCCUAACACCACAUCUCAGGAGAUUCAGCCGUCCCCCCUUGCUCUUCUCGCUGCAACGUGCAGCAAGAUCGGUACAUCUUCGUCUCACGAACAGCAACCCCAAGAAGGAGGUGUUCCUCACCAGCUAGCCUUGCAGCAACAGGCAUCUCAAAUAAGAGUUUUGAACGCAGCCGUUCUCCAGCAGCUGCAAGCACAGCAGCAAGCCGAGGGCGGUGCUACAAUCGUGGCGGGUAAUCAAGCUCAAGUCACGAGAGAUACUCUUGGCAUCCCCAGCCCAGCAACGGUGCAGCAGCCACAUCAACCCCAAGUCAUCACGCUGUCACAAUUACAGAACUUCCUACCCAUCCACCAUCAAUCGGGUCAGCAUCACGUGACAACCGUGGCGUCGACAGAAAGCACGCAACACAAUCAGCAGGCGACACAGGGAGCACCUGGGGUGAAGACUUUUGUGUCGUCUGCUGCUGCUGUCAACCCAACCGUUGUUUCGUUACAAGGAGUUUCUGGCCAAUUUUUGCAGCAGCAGGGAGCCCAAUUAGUAACUGCAGGUGGGCAAAACCUGGCAUACAAUGUUGUCCAGCCAAUGCAGACGGUGACAGUGGAUGGUCAGGAGGCAUUGUUUAUACCAGCAAUGCCAGCGGGACAACACCAGGCAGUACAACUGGCAGGUGGUCAAGCUCUCAUUACACCCACAGGACAAAUUAUUCGGGCACCAGGUGUUUAUCCGGCCAGCCUCCUGCAGAACAUCGGUGGACAAACAGUACAAAUGGCCAAUGGCCAAAAUGUUGCAGUUCGACCAGCAAGUAUGCCGCAGGUUGUUCAGUUUCCAGUGCAACAAACUAUACCAGUGCAGGUUCCCAUCUCAACAGCAAAUGGGCAAACACUGUACCAGACCAUACACUUCCCUGUCCAGGCAUUCGCAACAGCGAUUCCUAAUAUCAUUCAAGCAUCAGGCAGUCAAAUGCAGAUGAUACCACAGCUGGGUCAGGUACCAACACAGCAAGUGGCUCAGAUUAUCACCCCAUCUGGCCAGAUUCAACAGGUACAGCUGGCUUCAGUUGCUCAGCUUGGAAGCUUAGCUCAGGCACAAGCACAAGCUCAGGCUCAAGCAAAUCAAAAUAUGAUGGUGCAGGCAGCUGCAGCAGCAGCCGCAAACUCGAAUGCAGUAACUUCCAGCACGUGGAGUACCACAACAGUUACCACCCCCAGUGUGACUGUACAGACUGUUGCAGCUCCGAGCCUUGUGAGCAGUUCAGCAGGCACAGACACAACUAACAGCCAUCAGGUUACAGUUCAGAGUCAACAGCCAGCUGCAGGACAAAGUGUAAUACUGGGACAUUCUCAGCCCCAGCAAAUAACAUUAGCAGGUUCUCAAGGUCAGCAAGUAACUGUGAUACCAGCCACAAGUCUUGCGAAUCUUGCGCAAGCUGGGAGUGUAGCAGCCAUGCGAGCAGGCAGCAACAUAAUUCAGGUUCCUAACUUGAGUAAUAUUCAGGCAAUUCCCUUACAAAAUAUCCCUGGACUAGGUAAUGUGCAAUUGAUACCAGCAAGUGCACUUUCUGUUGGAGCUCAGAGCCAACUAGGGUUAUCACCAUCUGGUGCAUCUGUGCCCCAGCAUGGCCCUCCGUCAUCAACUAUAUCUGCAGUUCCAAGCCUGCCACCCGGUACACAGAUCAUAGCUGCUGGACAACACAUUCAGCAAGAUCCAAAUGAUCCAAACAAGUGGCAAGUCAUAACAACUACAAGUCAUGGUAAUCCACAGAUACAGCAGCCAAAUAUCCCCGCUAAUAGUCAGGGGACAGUAUCAUCAGCUGUCAGUAGUGAAUCAACAGUAGAGGGUGCUCCCAAAACCAGGAUCCGCCGAGUGGCUUGUACGUGCCCUAACUGCAGUGACGGAGACAGGAGUGGUGACCGCAAGAAACAGCACAUAUGUCAUAUUCCAGGAUGUAAUAAAGUGUAUGGGAAGACUUCACAUCUUCGAGCCCAUCUGCGAUGGCAUACAGGAGAGAGGCCUUUUAUAUGCAGUUGGAUAUUUUGUGGGAAACGGUUCACACGCUCAGAUGAACUGCAGAGGCAUCGGCGGACACACACAGGUGAAAAAAGAUUUCAAUGCCCAGAGUGCAGUAAGAAGUUCAUGAGAAGUGACCACCUCUCUAAACAUAUCAAAACACAUACCAAGCAGAGGAUAACAGAAUUUGAUGAGAACGAGAGCAGUGAGAAAGAAGUUUGGAUAUCUGAUGGUGCACCUAGUGGGAUGUAUUCUUUGAAACAAAUUCAUUUUUCUCAGGAAGCAGCCACAUCAACACAGUCUGUAUCAUCAGAUGGAAGUUCUUCGAAUGAAGAAAAAAUGAUGAUAACAAUACAGACUGAAGCUGAUCAAUCAGACUUAGCCAUCAAUGAUACUCUGGAAUCAUCAGUAUCCAACUAGAAUCUCACUUUAGGAAUAUGUCCAUAUCAUUGCCUUUCUUGCAAACUCAACACAUGUUCAUGUACUUGUGGGUUCCUCAUCUUGCACCAGGGAAGUUCACUCACGAUCUCCGAAUUGAGAUAUUUAAGAUGCAUAUAUCAAUUUUGUUCUUACAGAAACACAUGAAACUAUUCCUUGUGAAGAGAAGGUGUGGACAGUUUAUGGUUUGUGUGUCAGAUGUCAUGACCUAGGUCAUUGUAUUUAUCCCAUGACAUGAUUGAAAGUUAAUAGCAACAGUGUUAGAAAGUGGUUGAAAAUCCUCUGAUCAUAUUUGCAUAGGUGGCACCAAGUAUCAUGCUCGAGUAGGUAGCAUUUCUGCUUCAUAUUUUGGAGGUCCCAGUACAGUAAGAGAAAUUAUUAACAGAUAUGAACAUUUGACUUGUGUUUGGGUACCAGGUUAUUUGAUCGCUCAAAACAUUUCCAAUCCUCCAAGCAAAUGAAUCAAACUUAUGCAGUGAUAAAAAAGAAACAUCUUACUUUAGUUAAAGUAAUACCUCAGUGCUGCUUCAGCAGAAGAGUAAAUACUUUUGAUUUUCCAAAGGUUUGUGAUAAUACUGUCACAGAAAUUUCUGAAAUGUUAUUUAUGGGAAAUAUACCCUAAACAAUAGACAAUGUCCAAAAUAAUAUUUGUACAUGAAAUACUUAUCUUACAUCCAGAAUUACUUCAUUGUAGUACAGACCAGCUGAAAAUAUUGAUCAGAAAAUGUUCCACAGAGUACACUGUGGGCUCUUCUCUGUAGUCAGGUGAUUCCAUACUGUCAACUCAAGGAAUCCUGGUAUCCUUCUGUUUCCUGUUUUAUCAUAUACUGGUCAGAACUGUAGGAAACAGACACACACUCAGUUGUUUGUUCACAUCAUAACACCAGGUUCAAAUCUUGACCUGGAGAAAAGAUAUCCUGACUGAAAUUUUCAUGAUUAUUGUUAAUCCCUCUAUGGAAAUCCAGGAUAAUACCUCAAAUUAGGCAUCAACCACUUCUUCCAUAACCAUUCCAGUUCAUUCAGUGACAUAUAAUCAAAGCUGUUGACAGCUGUUAAAUAUACUGGGAGUGAAGAAAGAUUGACUGUAAUCCCACUUUUUAUACAAAUAUUGACGCAAUUGCAUAAUUGAUUGA